GCCUGUACCGAUGUAGCCAGCAGCACGUGUGGGUGAAUGAAGCAGCUGGAGAGGCGCUGCCCAUCUGUGAACCAGUGUGUGGGAAGCCCAAGAACCCGGCCAGACAGGUGCAGCGCAUCAUUGGGGGCAUGAUGGCAGCCGAGAACAGCUUCCCCUGGCAGGGCCGGCUGCUGAGCCGCCACAACCACACCGCGGGGGCCACGCUCAUCAGUGACCAGUGGCUGCUGACGACCGGCAGGAUCCUCUACCUGGGCCACAGCGAGAACAGCACGCUGGAAGAAAUCGCCCCCACCCUGCGGCUCUUUCUGGGCCGGGAGACGCCCGCUGGGGCUGUCGAGCGCAUUGUCCUGCACCCUGCGUUCCCGGGGGCUGUGGACCUGGCCCUGCUCAAGCUCAAGCACAAGGUGCCCGUUGGGGAGGCCGUGAUGCCCAUCUGUCUGGCCCAGCAGGACUAUGCAAAGGUGGGGCGGGUGGGCUUUGUCUCUGGCUGGGGCUGGAACACCCUCAUGGAGCACCCAAAGCACCUCAAGUACGUCCUGCUGCCCGUGGCCGAG